AUGGGUGUUCCAGCUGGUGACGUCGAGAAGGGAAAGAAGCUGUUCGUCCAGCGGUGCUCGCAGUGCCAUACCGUCGAAGCUGGUGGAAAACACAAGGUGGGUCCGAAUUUGCACGGACUGUUCGGCCGUAAGACUGGCCAAGCUGCUGGAUUCUCAUACACCGAUGCCAACAAAGCAAAAGGUAUUACCUGGAACGAAGAUACUCUGUUUGAGUACCUGGAAAAUCCGAAAAAAUACAUCCCUGGUACGAAAAUGAUCUUUGCUGGUCUCAAGAAACCAAAUGAGCGGGGAGAUCUGAUUGCUUACUUGAAAUCGGCAUGCUAA